AUGGCGGUUCAAAACCACUUCAAAGCUUUUCCUACCGAUAUACUCGUCGCAACCACACCAAAAUCCGGCACUAUUUGGCUAAAAUCACUUGUCUUUGCUACCAUGAAUCGCAAAUCAACUACAGCAGCUCCACACUCCUUACUGCUCAAUUUCUGCCCACACGAUCUUGUGCCUUGCUUGGAGCAAAGGCUAUACCUUAAACAGAUUCCUGAUGACAUUGAGCUUCUUCCCAUACCUAGAGUGUUAGCUACCCACAUGCCAUACACAUCUCUACCCCAUUCAGUAUUGGAUUCUGGUUGCCGGAUAAUAUAUCUUAGCCGAAAUCCAAAGGACACUUUUGUUUCUUAUUGGCAUUUCGUUAACAAAGUGAGGUCAAAACGUUUGGAAUCACCUUUAUCACUUGAAGAAGCUUUUGAGAUGUUCUGCAAUGGAACCAUUGGAUUUGGUCCAUUUUGGGAUCAUGUUUUGGGAUAUUGGAAAGCAAGUUUAGAAAGGCCUAACUGUGUAUUGUUUCUCAAGUUUGAGGAAUUACAGCUCGAACCUGCAUUUCAGCUCAAAAGAGUGGCCGAGUUUAUGGGGUGCCCCUUCUCCUAUGAGGAAGAGAAGGAAGAAGCAAUGAUCGAUGACAUAGUAAGGUUAUGCAGCUUUGAGAAUUUGAGAAAUUUGGAAGUGACAAGAAAUGGAGCUACAGCAUCUGACAACAAGAAGAGUGUAUUUUUCAGGCAAGGAAAGGUUGGAGAUUGGGAGAAUCAUCUUAAGCCAGAGAUGAUCCAACGAUUGGAUUGGAUCACUGAACAGAAGUGGAAAGCUAAUGGCUUAGUAAUUUGA